AUGGAUAUCAAUGACAAUUUGGUUAGCGCUAGUCUCGUGGCGAUGACUGGGAACGUCGCCACAGCCAUCGGGUCUUCGGCGAUUCUCCAUGACGGAGAACAACGUCCAAGCAAACGACAACGACGUUUCGCGCCCAUGACCCAACACGAUUCGCAGACAGGUGCUGCCGGCUCUGAAGGCGCAAAUUUAAACCCGCCCGGCUUCAUAAAACGUGUACAGCUUCGAAAUUUUAUGUGCCAUGAGCACUUUGAGCUUGAACUCGGGCCUAGGCUCAACUUUAUUGUUGGUAACAAUGGUAGCGGUAAAAGUGCUGUUUUGACUGCCAUUACUAUUGGACUUGGGGCUAAAGCUGCUGAUACAAACCGAGGCUCGAGCCUGAAAGAUUUAAUUCGCGAAGGGUGCAACUCAUCAAAGAUUGUAGUUGUACUGAAUAACGAAGGUUUUGGAGGUUAUGAACAGGGCACCUAUGGCACAGAAAUAAGGAUUGAGCGAACUAUAAAGAAAAGUGGACCUGCUGGAUUUAGCUUGAAGUCGGAGACUGGGAAGGAAAUCAGUAAUAAAAAACGCGAUCUACAAGCUAUAGUGGAUUACUUUGCAGUUCCUGUCAUGAAUCCUAUGUGCUUCUUGUCUCAAGAUGCAGCAAGGUCUUUCUUAACAGCAACGACGCCUGCCGAUAAGUAUAAGCAUUUUAUGCGAGGAACGCUGCUGGAGGACACCGAAACCAAUCUUAAAAAAGCGCUUGAGAUCGCAACGACUGCACAAAGCAAUUUGAACUAUCAUGCAGAAAACGUUAAGCUGCUUCGGCAAGAUUAUGACCAUACAAAAAAACUUCUCAAAGAGCUGACUGCAAAUCAUGAUCUUACCGAUCGCAAAAGGGCUCUACAGGGCAAGCUCCUGUGGUUAAGUGUAGUGGAAAAUGAGACAUCGCAAAGAAAAUUAGAGGUGGCGGAAGCGCAUUAUUUGGCUAAAAUCAAGGAAUCUGAAGGCAAAUCCGCCUCUAGAACUAAUUCCAAGGAACAACUCAAAUUAGACCAAGCAGCUGCUGAGCAGCAGCUCGAAGAAGCGCUGAGCUCUUGGCAAACUAAAAAACGGCUAGCUGAUGAAGCUCAGUCUUUGAUGCACAGUGCACGAAUGGAAUACAACAUGCAGAAAGAACAUCGGGAGGAAACACAAAAACACAUUAAUGACGCAGAGGGCAAGGUUCGUCAAUUUGAAAAUACAAUAAAAGAUUUUGAAGAACGACUUGAAAAACAGAUGGGUGGCGAUAAGAAAAGAAUGCAUGAAGAGAUAGAAGAUUUGAAGGAGAGAAUCAAGACUCAAAACGAAUUUUACUCGUCUAUGAAUAUUCGGCUUCAGGAACUCAGAAAUAAAGAAGAGAUGGUCACUUCUAAUGCACUUCCCAAGAUCGGGUCUUUACAAAAGAGCAUUCAUGAAAAGACGGAACAAAUUAGAGACAUAGCUCAGGGGAAAAGGAACUUUUUGUCAAAUUUUGACCCGCACAUGGAAAAGCUUGUCAGACUUAUUGAACAAAGAAAAUCCGAGUUUUCUUCCAAGCCUGUUGGUCCAUUGGGAAAUUAUGUUACAGUAAAAAGCCAGUUUCAAGAGUGGGCUAGGCCGAUUCAAAGAUACUUGGGGGGGACUCUCAGUGCUUUUGUGGUUGCUAACGUUAGUGAUGGCGCUCUUCUAAAAUCAUUAAUUCGUGCUUGUCAAAUCAGAAGCAACAUUAAUGUCAUUACAUAUAAGCUAAACGAAUUUGAUUUUGACUCAGGGAAAGCGAGGAGCGAAUACCCUUCAGUUGCAGAUGCGUUAGAAUUCAAGUCUAGAAGUCUUCAAUGUUUAUUCGUCGAUCAGAAUCGGAUCGAAAAAGUGGUUUUGGUAACAAACAAGUCAGAUGCUCGAGAUGUGUUGAAGCGCCACAACAAAAAUGUUAUUAUGACGUUAUCGUUGAGGGAUAAUAGAAGCGGUUAUCAGUCUUCGCUUUCUGCGCACGGGGGAUUUAGAAUUGAUACCAUUGAAUACCAAGAUAAAAUGAAACUUACUACUAAAGUUUCAGACACAGCAUUUUUAACAGAAAUAGUCAGCGAGGAAAAAAAAGAACUGGCUAACCUAACCUCUCAACGCAAUGACCAUUUGAAGAAAAUAGGUACCGAGAUAACUACUUUAAGAGAAGAAAUGGCCAAUACCAAAAGCAAAAUUUCUGAAUUUAGUAAGAGGGAGGCUGCACUUCGGCUAGACCUAGAGAGGGAGCUCGAUACGAGUGCUAUAGAGCAAGCUGAAUCUGAUAAACAGGUUUAUGUCAAUGCUUUAGCAAGUUAUAACCUUGCGCUCGACGAGGUUAACGAAAAAAUCGAUAUAAUUCGACAAAAAGUUCAGCCUUUAAAAGUAAGGUAUGAACAAGCGAAUAAUGAACUCAAUUCUGCUGCUUGUGCCCUUGACGACCUGAAGCACAUAAUUUCGAAAGGCUCUUCCCGGAUAGAGAAGCUGCAAGACGAUAUUGGGUUCAGUGAGAAAAAAGUCGAAAAAUAUCAACAAAAGAGGACCGAGCUGCUACAAAAAAUAAAUGAGUUCAGUGAUGGGAUUGGGACUCAAAUUUCAAACGCGGAAACCUAUUGCACUCGGGCUGUGGCAUUUGCAGGAGACAUGCCUGAGACUCGAGAAGAUACAAAGGCAGAAAUUGACAGAAUAACGCAUCGAAUCCAGCUAGCAGAAAAUAGAGUUGGCUUGUCCCAAGAUCAAAUAAUGUCCUUGUUUGAAAGUGCAAAAUUAAAGUACAAGGAUGCAGAACAAAAAUUUGCGAACGUUGACAAAGCAGUAUUUCAACUGAACGAGUCUCUAAAAAGGCGUUGGCAAUCUUUGACAUAUGCUAAGACAGACACAUGUGUUACGGCGGACACAGAUUUCAAGGAGUCUCUGCGAUUUAGAAACUUUUCGGGUGGUCUUAACUUUAAUUUCAGCAAAGAAACGCUCAACAUGCUGGUUAAAACGCCGAACGACGAGAAGCCAAGAAAUGUUGAUACAUUCUCCGGGGGCGAGAAAUCGUUCUCACAAAUAUCGCUGUUGCUGGCGACUUGGAGACCAAUGAGAUCAAGAAUAAUUGCAUUAGAUGAAUUCGAUGUAUUUAUGGAUCAGGUUAAUCGCCAAAUAGGAACCAAGUUGAUCAUGAACAAGUUGUCAAAAGAGAGUCGAACCCAAACCGUAAUAAUAACUCCUCAGGACAUAGGAAAAAUUGCGAACUUUGAGGACCCUGGGAUACGCAUUCACAGGAUGAAGGAUCCUGAAAGGCUUAAUAACUCCAGCUAUUACGCGUAG